GAUCGUCCCCUCGGAAACGACGCUCUUCACUCCCGGAAGUUCCGGAUCGUUGAUCAGGGCUCAGGGAAGGCGUGCAGGCAGGUAUAGCUGUCUCUCCUGGAUGCUGAGACUUGAGACCCAGAAAGAAGUCUCCCACGGCUCCUAUCAUAUCCGCCAGUACCAGGACAGUGACCAUAAAAGUGUCCUGGAUGUGUUCACAAGGGGCAUGGAGGAGCACAUCCCCCGCACCUUCCGCCAUGUGCUGAUGCUGCCCCGAACCCUCCUGCUUUUACUUGGGGUGCCUCUUGCCAUGGUCCUGGUGUCUGGCUCCUGGCUGCUGGCUCUUAUGUGCAUCUUCUCUCUGCUCCUACUCCUGCAGCUCCUGGCCAGACAGCCUUGGAAAGAAUAUGUGGCCAAGUGUUUGCACACAGACCUGGCUGACAUCACCAAGUCCUACCUGAGUGCACGUGGCUCCUGCUUCUGGGUGGCUGAGUCUGGUGGUCAGGUGGUGGGCAUGGUGGGUUGUCUGCCAGUCAAGGAUCCCCCGUUAGGGAGGAAGCAGCUGGAGCUCCUUCACCUGUCUGUGCCCUCACAGCAUCGAGGACAGGGGCUAGCGAAAGCCCUGGUCAGAACUGUCCUGCAGUUUGCACGGGACCAGGGCUACAGUGACCUUGUCCUUACGACCAGUGUCAUACAGCAAGGUGCUGUGAGCCUCUACCUGAGCAUGGGUUUCUGGAGGACAGGCCAGUAUUUCAUGAGUAUGUUCUGGAGGUUAGUGGAUAUUCCUAUAAUUCAAUUAAAGUAUUCCCUCCCUUCUGCCUAGGAAGUGGGGCUGGGACCUAUGCUCCUGUGCAGCAAGCAGGCCUGCUCUCUAGAGGAACUAGUGAACCUUGUCAUGUCAGUGUGAUGAACAAUAAAAGCUCCUUGCUGGUGCAGACCAGAUUCUAAUGCAUGUGAUGGCUGAGGUGGGGGUUGGGGCCUCUGCUACACUCUGGGUUUCUGGGUUGCCUGUGUUUCAUAUACCUAGGUCCAUAUUACUGUUGCAUUAGGAACAACUCAACAAUUUUUGUUCCUAAUGCAAAAUACUGCAUAUAUUUCCCUUUUGAGUCUGUCGACCAGAAGUUUCUGCAGGGCUGGAGGGAGCAGCUCACUUAGCCUCAGGACAGUUGGUUGGUUGAAUGUAAAUGUGAGAAAUGAACAUGGAAGUCUCUAUGUUCCUGUGUUCCAGGAAGUCAUGAAUUUUGGCCUGUGAUCAUUGACCUUCUCAGACUUAGUGGCUGAUUCCUUGAGUCCACUUUUUUCAUUCUUUGACAGUUUUGUACAUGUAUACACUGAGUUUUGUGUUGCACAGCCUUCACACACACAGGUUUUCAUUUCAGCUGAGCCCAGUCCAGGAACAAGACAGGAGCCCCCAAGUGCUAGAGACUGAUGCAAGCAAGCAUCGAAGGGUUAUUGAGACAAAAGACUAACAUCCCAGGGCCUUGAACUGUUGUAGCUCAGGUUCAUGAUCUCAGAGUGGAGACUUUCAUUAAGGAGACAAGUAGAUUUAUACAAAAUACUAAGAAAUCUCAUUUACCCUGGGGCUUUCUAACCGCCACCUGUGUUUGGUGCCCAAAAGUCCUGUUGUCCUUGUGCAGAGAGAUCUAUUUUCUCAGAAAUAGAGUGUGGGAAUGCACACAGCCACAACACAUCCCAUAUACACCUGGGCAUGCAGUCACUGAAGUCUCCUUAUUUGGAAAUUAGAAAAAAAAAUGUGCCUUUAUCUCCUUGUAUUAUAGCAAUGUUGUCUUUGGUAAACUAGCUAUGUAGCUACUUCCUAUACAAUGAAACAUUACUUACUUUCUAAAAUGAGAAAGUAGGUUCCCGAGACUCAGGUGGUAAGAAACACAAGGCCCAGGAGGUAAGACAACUCGCAAGAUCAGGAAGCACCUGAAGUUAGACAAUUCACUGCAGCCCACCCCAGUUGCUGGAGAGCAGGGACUCACCUUCAGAGCUGCCUACAAGUGGUCCAGGGCUAUGGAUGUGUCCUUUGUGAAUCAUGGCCCAUACUGGGCUGGGCUUUCGGUGAUGAGGCUGCCUUUGUAUUAUUGUCCAUGCUCCUAUAAGUAACUCCUUGCUCAUAUUCCUAUACAUAUUUCAACAAACUCGUUAAUUCAACUAAACUAGACUCUGGUGAAGUACUUUAUCAGGUCUGUUAGUGCCCACUCUGGGAUAUGGACAUCUGUUCAUAUUUCUGCAGGAAAAUCCUCACAAUGCUUGUCAUUGUAAAAAUCUCCUCUGCUCCUUGGAGAUAGGUGUAAACCUUCAGAGUUAACAGUUCUCGGCAAGGUGCACAGUAGCACUGUCUUCUCAAGCAUCUGGGUGCCCUCUUGAGAUGGAAUCAUCCAGUGGUUUGGUGCCUCCCUCCCAGACUGUGGAGAUCUUGGAAGGCUACCUGGGCUCUUGAGUGGGAAACGUACCCUCUCUCAUGAAGAUGUGAGUGGAGUAGAUACCUGUUCUAUCUAUGACCUUCAGGCACCAUGAUGAGACAUGUAGCAGGUAACUGUCCAACCUACCUAUGACCUUGAAGUACCUGCCCCUGGGGCAUGGCUCCAGGCUACCCUUAAGAUCUGAGUCGCACAUAGGCGCCCUCUCCUCUCCCUCCUGGGCUUGGAUGCUGAGACAGACCCAGGCAGAAGAACAGCAUGGGACUGUAUCUUGGACUCCCAGGACCCUAUGAUAAAUCUCUCAUGCUGUAGUGGGUCUUCUUCCUUAAUAAAUUCCUUUACCCUUUAAGCAGCCUCUGGAUUUCUCGAAGUAUAUGAGUCUCAUUGCUUUGUCUCACACAGUUUGGUAGAUGCCCUGGACGGAUCAAGGUGAGUGUCCUCCAUUGUGGGCUCUUGUUUUCAGGAACAUGGGAUGGGUGUAGCUGUGGCUACAGGCCUAAACACAGGACAAGCACAAGUCUGAAGUCAUCAAGGACAGGAAGGGAGAGAAGGUUUAGGGAACCCAGACAGCUGGGAACAGACCCUGUCCUCAAGGAGGUCCCAGGCAGAGCACCAGCUCACUCUCCCUCCACCCCCCAAUCUCUUCCAGGCCUCCCACCCCAUCCCCAACACACCAACUCCAAGUGAAGGCUGAAAAGUGGCCUCUUGCUGCUCUGGCCCUGACAGUACAGAAGGCCAGUCUCUAGGACACAGGGUGGGAGGGAGGGAGGGGAAAGAGUACAGGUACAAAAGUGCCCCAGGUACAAAGGGCUGUGAGGCAUCUAGGACAGGCAGUUGUGAUGCAUCUAAAUUUUGUCCCCAAAGCAACUGACCCAGAAGGCCAUGCUUCACUCUCCAUGGGGACUGAAUGGAGAUGCAGGGAAGCCAGAAAAACAACCCAGAGCCAGGAGUGGC